AAAAUCACAGCAUCAAUGAAUUGACUUUCAACCACCAUCAAACCAAUAAUCCAUCAUUCCAUCUUAUCUUUAAACUCCUUUAAAAGUGAGACUUUUCCAUUUUAAUUAAGACUCAAACUAAAUCUUAUAUCCAACUUCUCUAGCAAAAAUGACUUCUUUCUUUAAUCACUAUCUCAUUCCUUUGUAUCUCCUCUUCAUAUAUUUCACCUCCACCACCACCACCACCUCCGCGGCUUUGGCCAUCGUCUCGCCUCGCCCCAAAUCUCUACUCUUGACCGUCUCAAAGGACACCACCACCUCCCAAUACACAACCAAAAUCCUCCAAAGAACUCCCCCAGUAUUUGUUCCUUUAACACUAGACCUCGGUACACAAUACCUAUGGCUCAACUGCGGCCGACGCUACGUAUCCUCGACAUACAAACCCGUCCCAUGCGGUUCCCCACUUUGUGCUCUCGCCAAUGCCAAGAUAUGUAGGUCAUGUCCUUCAGGCCCUAAGCCGGGGUGUAACAACAACACAUGUAGAGCCAUCAUCAGCAACCCCAUCACCAACACAUCCACGAAGAAAGGAAGCGAGCUCGCAACCGACGUAAUACAACUCAACUCCUCUAACGGCGCCACCACUGGUGAUCUCGUCACCAUCCCCAACUUCCUCUUCGUUUGCGCGCCCACCUCCUUAUUAGGUGGUCUCGCGAAAGGGGUGUCCGGAGUUGCUGGCUUCGGUAGGACUAAAGUUUCAUUCCCUACACAAGCGUCCUCAGCUUUCCGUUUGGCUCAAACAUUUGCUUUGUGUUUGCCUCCGUUUUCGGAAAAUGGUUUCGCUUUCCUCGGUGAAGGGCCUUACAACAUCACCCCAGGAGGCACCGGUCUUAAUGUAGACCUUAGAAGCAUGCUUACUUACACUCCUCUGAUCACUAACCCAGUUCGUACGUCCGAGUACUUCAUAGGCGUACAAGGUAUCAAAGUUGGAGGAGAAGACGUACCGAUCAACAAGUCCUUAUUUACUAUAGAUAGCAAGGGAUAUGGUGGAACAACCAUAAGUUUGUUACAACCUUACACUAGUAUGGAAACUUCUAUAUACAACGCUGUCUCUGCUGCUUUCGACAGACAAAUACUAAACACUUCCUACCCGACUAAGAGAGUUGCUCCGGUUGCACCAUUCAAGUAUUGCUACGAUACUCUCCCAUCCUCGAGGGUUGGACCCUCGGUGUCCAACAUCGACUUGGUGCUGCAGGGCAAGAACGCAGUAUGGACGAUAGCCCCGUUGAACUCUUUGGUGAGAACCUAUGUUGGGUAUUGUAUUGCUUUUGUGGAUGGUGGAAAAAACCCAAGGUCAUCAAUUGUUGUAGGAGGGUAUCAGAUUGAGGAUAAUUUGCUUCAAUUUGAUCGGGCUAAGAACAGGAUUGGAAUUAGUUCUUCUCUCGUUUAUGAUAGGAUUAGAUGUUCUUUCUUUAACUUCACUACUACAGUGUAAUAAGUCAAAUGAUUAACUUACUGCUGUGGUUAGUAACCGAUUAUUAGAUACAAUCGGAAAAUGUGUAAAAUAAACAGGGAUGGAAGGAAUAAUUGAAUGAUCCAUCCCCUUUUCUCUCUCUCUCUCUCUCUCUCUCUCUUUCGCUUUCUCCUCUCUUUAAAAUAAGCAUCAAUGUUGUGAUUACAAGAGGACGAAAGUGAGUCCAAUGUUAAUGACAUUCCAAAUCCGUGCAUUGCAGUCGAGCAAA